CUCGACAAGACCUCGACGCCUCGACCUCUGCCCAGCCAGGCUCGAUUAGCGACCCCACCCACCUCGCUCACACACCGCACACGCGCGUACCAAGCCGCUGCGGCCGCUCCACGACAGCGCCCGGCGAAAGGAAACAGAGCGAGCAGCCCAGCUCCUCGUAUCCCGUCUCCUCCCCACCUCAACCUCGACCUCCACCCCCUCCCCUUUUCACCUCUCACGAUGGGCUUUGGACACGUCCUCCUCAUCGGCUUCAUCAUGGGCGCGAUUGGCGUCGCGGUAUGGUUUGCGACUCCCCGCGGCAAGAACCAGACCCUGAUCCGCUCCAGCGUGUCCCUCACGCUCGCCUGCCUCUGGCUCAUGUGGGGCAUCACGUACACGGCGCAGCUCAACCCUCUGAUCCAACCAAAGCGCGCCGACCUGCGUCCGAAUGUUGGGCAUUAAUAGACACAUGUAUGAUAUGAACGGUUCG